GCCACCGCAGCCCCAGCAGAGCCGAGCUUGGUCCAGGCCCCUGCCCCUGCUCGGCUCUCUGCCCGCCGCCCCCGGCCCCGCCCCCGACCGCGGCGUCUCUCUCAGCGCCUCUGCCCCCCAGCGCCCCCAGACCCCGGCCUCCAGCACCGAGGCAGGAGGUAGGAGCAGCACCAGGGACAGUAGGACGAGGCGGAGGAGGAGCCGUCGCAGGAUGAAGGAUCGGACUCAGGAACUGCGGAGUGCGAAAGACAGCGAUGAUGAGGAGGAGGUGGUCCAUGUGGAUCGGGAUCACUUCAUGGAUGAGUUCUUUGAGCAGGUGGAAGAGAUCCGGGGCUGCAUUGAGAAGCUGUCAGAGGACGUGGAGCAAGUGAAAAAACAGCAUAGCGCCAUCCUGGCCGCCCCCAACCCAGACGAGAAGACCAAACAGGAGCUGGAGGACCUCACUGCAGACAUCAAGAAGACGGCCAACAAGGUUCGGUCCAAAUUGAAAGCGAUCGAGCAAAGUAUUGAACAGGAGGAGGGGCUGAAUCGUUCCUCCGCGGACCUGCGAAUCCGUAAGACCCAGGUAGGAGGCAGCGGGCAGACUGGGGCAGGACCUGGACCGAGCCCGGGAGGAAUCCAGCUGCACUCCACACUGUCCCGGAAGUUCGUGGAAGUAAUGACCGAAUAUAACGCGACCCAGUCCAAGUACCGGGACCGCUGCAAGGACCGGAUCCAGCGGCAGCUGGAGAUCACUGGAAGGACCACAACCAACGAAGAACUGGAAGACAUGCUGGAGAGCGGGAAGUUGGCCAUCUUCACUGAUGAUAUCAAAAUGGACUCACAGAUGACGAAGCAGGCGCUGAAUGAGAUUGAGACGAGGCACAACGAGAUCAUCAAACUGGAAACCAGCAUCCGCGAGCUGCAUGACAUGUUUGUGGACAUGGCCAUGCUCGUGGAAAGCCAGGGCGAAAUGAUUGACCGAAUCGAAUACAACGUGGAACAUUCCGUGGACUAUGUGGAGCGAGCUGUGUCUGACACGAAGAAAGCUGUGAGAUAUCAGAGCAAGGCCCGGAGGAAGAAAAUCAUGAUCAUCAUUUGCUGUGUGGUGCUGGGGGUGGUCUUGGCGUCAUCCAUUGGGGGGACGCUGGGCUUGUAGGCCUCCCACCCCUGUCUCCCUAAGACCCUUCCCCCACCACAUUGGGAGCAAUACCCCCACUACCCCUUUCACUCUAUCCCCUGCUCCAGGCCCACCCCCAAGACAGACCCAGGUAGCCCUCCCCUUUACCCUCCCCCCAUCAGACCCUGGAGUCCCUGGACCUCACUAUGCCAUGGACCACCCCCUGCCCCCGCACAUAAAUAGCAGCAGGCGUGAUUACACAUGCACACCAACAUGCAUGCCGCCGGCACAUGCUCAAGAUGAGUGGACACCCCAGCGUGUGUGUGUACGUUCGUAGAUGUGUGUAGAAGCACCACAUCACCCUUCCUGUCCCACCUCAAGUCUGUAUGUUGUCUGAGCUUCCCCUCUUCACUUGGUUGUUGUGUAGACUAUGGCUGGGUAUAGCACAACAGCCCACCAGGCCCCGCUCUGUCUUCUGUGAAUAGGUGUGUGUGUGUGGGUGUGUGUGGGUGUGUGUGUGUGUGUGCGCGCGUGCACGCCCACAAAUCUGUGGACAUAUAAUUUGUGUACAUGGAAUUUCGUGUUUGAAUCUAAUGCAAUAGCAUUUCUUCCACCGACAACCCUUCCCCCGUGUCUGCUACAAAUGGGGCAGGUUGUGAGUGUACAGAUGCUCAUUCCCAGAGGAUUCAGGUAGGCCCAAAUACACAGGCACGGCAGACACCGCAGCGUGAUGUGGAAUAAAUCUUCCUGGCUUAGUCACCCCAGGCCUGUGUCCCAGGGGAGUGUGUGUGUGCGCGCACCUUGUGAACCUUGGAGUUCAGCCAGCGUUGAGUGGAAGCGUACAUGUAUAAAUAACCUAGUUCGGCUUUUAUAUACAUGUACAUUUCCCCCAGCAGGUGAUGUGAGGAACGUGUGUGUGUGUGUGUGUGUGUGUGUGUGUGUGUGUGUCAGGAUUUGCCUGAAGUGCUAGUAAGUCUUCUCAGAGAGCCCUCCAUAUUGUGCACAGGACACCUGUUUUGGGCCGGUGCAGUAAUCUAUAUUUCUAUGCUGUCUAGAAUAUGUCUGUGUGAGAGUGGGUGUGUACAUGUACAGAGGCUUUCUACACAGAAACCUGGAGUGUUUCUGUCCCCACGUAUAUUAUAUGCACACAUGUUUCUCUUUAAGGACUCUUGCCCCAUCCAGGUUUGUUUAUGAAGAUUGAUUUGCCCCUCCCUCUCUCCCCAGAGCUGCUGCCCAAUAUCUGGUAUGGCCACACACUGCUACAUCAACGUUGUGCAACUGGCGCUUCCUGCCCUGUCAGGUCUCAGAGCCCCUGAGCACACAUGCCCAGAUGCUUAUCUUCCUCUGUGCCUCUGCCAGAGGAUAGGCCUGCACCCACGAGAGCUGGCUCGCACAUGCCAAGGCUCAGGAGGCCUGGUGUAGGUGACCACACCCAGGCACACACGACUACACGUGUGUGCUAACAUGGACAAGGUGCCCGUGCAGGCCCACUCUGAUUUGCACAUUAAUGCUUCCUGGAAGGGCUAAUGUGAGAAUGUUACAGAGCACUAUCCCAGACAGAAAAUGAGAGCAUUCCUGCCUGCCACACGUGUGCCUCAGCACUGGGAGAGGCCGACGUUUGUCUCCUUUGGCCUGUUGGAUGCUCUGGGCUCUGCCUCAGAGGCUUUGGGCUUGGGGAACUGUUUAUUGCAGAUACACUGGAAUGGUCAGUGUGGCAACAGCCGCUCAAGGUGGGCUGAGUCCCAGGAUUCACCCCCUGGACUCAUUUGCUGAAAUGUCUGCAAUAGCUGCUUCCCCACCAGGGUGAGAUUGAAGGUGGGGCACAGGCCUGGGUUCCUGAUGGAGGAAAGGGCUAGCUCCUCCCUUAUGUAGGCAACAUAUGCACAGGUGGCUUUGCGUAUUUGAUGGCAGAUGGGAGGUACAUGGGCAAAGGACAAUGUUGGGAGGUCCCUGUACUCCGUGGCUGAGAAACAUGGUCCCACAUACACAGGACUGAACACACAAGUACAGGAAUAUGUCCUGUCCUGGGGGUGGACUGUACAUGUGCACAGGGCAAAGGACUCAGGGUUGUGUGCAGAUCAUUUGCCAGGGUCCCACUGCAUAUGAAAUGUGCACGUGUGUGUGUGAGAGACAAUGCAGAGGUGACCUGGAACACGAUACCCUCCCCACCCCCACCCCAGCUCAGAUAGUCAACCUCUUCCCUCCCUGGCUGUUUGGGCCCUGCCUGUGUGUGGCCAGUAUGUGUAAAUCCCAAGGUGGGCUGAAAAAGGGGCAACUGUCUGUUUAUUCCCAGAAUGCCGUUCUCAAGGACAGAAGGUUUGCCCUAAUUACAGCCUUCCUGCUCUGUCCUCAGACUUCUCUGGGUAUGUCAGAGCAGGCCCCAGCACUUCCCCCGCCCUUCCCUUUUUCCUUCCCGCUGCCCAACCAAGACACCCUUUCAGCCCAGGUGUUUCCGGAAUUCUCACAGCCUUGGGGGCCAAGGAGAAGGGUGGAGCCAUGACUGGAGGGAUGCUGCUGCCGCCUUGAGUGGUAUUAGGCCCCUAGCUGCCCAUCUCUGGGCCUCAGUCAGACCAGAGGAUCCCGGAGGGUCUGCUAACCCCAAGCUCACACGAGUCUCACACAUCAUACGAUGUGUUUGCUUGUUGGCUGCUGUGUCUGUAUGUGUCCUGGAGUGUUGUCUGGGUGAUAGAGUCUUUUGCAUGGUUUUGGAGGAGUGUGUGCUGCCCACCCUUCCACACCUACAACCAUAUGUGCCCUGUGGGUGGUCCCAGGCCUGGCCAGGGCUCGUUGCUUCCCCUUCCCCUUUAACCCUAGCUCUGCCUCUCAUGAAGCACACUGCGCGUGUCCAUCCCAUGUGCCUGUGGGUCGACGCACACUCUUGCCAUGCCUUGAGCGUGUGUACAUGAUGUGUUCUAUGCAUUCACCCUGCCCGCCCCCCAGCCAGCCCUGCAAAGGAUAAGAUGGUGGCCCCUGGCUCCCUUCUACCUGACCUGCCCCCUGCCUGCUGUGCAGCCAUGUGCGUUGGCGUGUUUCCGUGUCGCUGGCGUGUCAUGUGAUAUAGCUGUGUUUGCUGACACGAGUCCCUGCCCCUUCUGUUUCUCCAUUGGUUUCUAGAGCUCUUUCCCUCUCGACAGGAUUCUUGGGGCCUGGCUGGGGGCCCAGAGCCAGGCCACCCUCUCCUGUUAGCCCUCAGAGACCCAUUUCUCUCUAUUGGUGACCAAGUUGCAAAUGGAUAAAACAGGAAAAUUCUGCCCUCUGUCCUCAGCCCUGCAUGUCCUGUCCCCAGAGCCCCCGCCCCCACCCUGGGCUGGGUUGGGCCCCGUGGGACCGGAGAAAUAGCAACCAAUCCAA